AUGAACCAAUUCAUACAAGAUUUGGCGUCAAACAAUGUCAGCUUACUUAAUGUGAAUUUAGAAGUAAAUGGAACACUAGUUGCUACAUUACAGAAAGAGCUGCAAUCAGAUUAUUUAGAUGAUAAUGAGAUUGAGAGGUUUGUUGAGGAAUCGAAAUUGUACGAAGGGAAGUGGACAAGGUUUAAUAUUCUCCUGCAGAGCUUCUUAAAAUAUUGCCGAGAUGUCAAUCCUUGGUCUUUAUGGGAAUCAUCAGAUUUGAUUUUCACCUACUACCAGGAUUUGAGUACCUGCUUAUUGAACGAUUCAUAUGCAAUGGGUAACUUGGUCUGGUUAUUUAGAGAUGUUACAGGAUGGAUUAUUCCAUUGGCAACGAAAUUGGAUGCAAACUACGAGGUAAUUGGUACAAGAGAAAACCAAUUCUUGCAAUAUGUUGCCUCGGUGAUUUCUAAAGUGUUCAAUAGCAUAAAGGCUAGAUUUGAGGAGGUGCCAACAAGAUAUGAUCAACUUCCUGAGAAACAACAGAUUUUGCUGUUUGUUGCAAACAAAUUGAAUAAUAUUUAUUUCCAAAUUGAUUCCCCCUCGUCGUGUUCUAACAUCUUUAGGAAUAUGAAACCAAAGUCUAUGAUUGAACAUUUCUAUCAAUACCCAAUCAAGGAGCAAAUUGAAUAUAAAUAUUUGUUAGGGAGAUACUAUCUAUUGAAUCAUAGGGUGAGCGAUUCAUUUCGACAAUUAAAUAAUUCCUUCAGCAUGCUUAUAUUUUGUUCAAAACACACUAGCAACCCGUCCCCAGAGUUGAAAAGAAAUAUGAUCCGUGUCUUGAGCUAUUUACUUCCUGCGGGGAUCAUAUUGGGUAAGUUGCCGUCUCUGAGACUUGUUGAACAGCUAUCACCAAAAUUAGCUGGCAUGUACAGCGAAUUGAUACACCUAUUAAAAGCGGGGAACCUGGCGGGACUUAAUCAAUGGCUCUCUAUGAAUGAAAAAUACCUCCUUAGUAAGAAGCUUCUGCUGCUGCUAUUAGAGAAACUCCCAGUGCUUGCGUAUCGCAGCCUCCUGAGAAAAGUGUUCCAGUACAUUGUCUUACCGAUGAACACCAAUCGCAUAUCCUACGCCGUUAUAGAAAAAGCUCUAUCAAUAUCAAUAGCAGAUACUCCUCACAACAACAAUCUUCGACCCAUCUAUCGAAUGAUACAUACUAGCAAUAAUGCUGAGAACGUACUGGUCACUUUGAUCAACCACAGUCUGUUGCGCGGUAACUGCUUCCCACUCAACAAAAUAUGUGUCACGCUGAAAACUGGCAAGCUAAUUCAAAUCUUCCCACCCAUAAACGAAAGGAUCUCAGGGAAGUUCCCUCUCACUCAGGAUGACGCUUGGUUGGAUUCCUAA